AUCAGAGGAGAGAAAUGUUAUAUAUAUAUAUAUAUAUAUACUCUGAAUGAUAAUUUGUUCAUAUAACAAGAGGGAACCAUAGAACUGAGUCAAAUAUGUCAUUUGCUUUGUUGGGUUGAUAUAGAUUUGCAUUUUAGUGGUUUCCUGAUUUGAAGGCUAGAUUAUGGACAACUCUGGGCUUGAAGAGAACCUAUUUUCAGUUAGUGAUGCCAAGUUUCAUGGAGAAAUGUGCAAGACACUUUCAGAAAUUUAUUGCAAAGUCUCGUCGAUAUUCCCUUCCUUGGAAGCAGCACGGCCUAGGAGCAAAUCUGGGAUUCAGGCUUUAUGCUCCUUGCAUAUAGCUCUAGAAAAGGCCAAAAAAGUUCUUCAACACUGCUCAACAUGUAGUAAACUCUACUUGGCUAUUACCGGAGAUUCUGUUCUUUUGAAAUUUGUGAAGGCAAAAUCUGCUCUUAUUGAUAGUCUUAGGCGUGUAAAAGAUAUAGUUCCACAGUCCAUUGGAUGUCAGAUUUCGGAGAUCAUAAAGGAGCUCGAGGAGACCGUCUUCUCACUCGACCCGUAUGAGAAGCAAGUUGGCGAUGAAAUAAUUGCAUUACUCCAGAACGGGAGGAAGUUUGAAGAAUGUAAUGACAGCAUUGAACUCGAGUCAUUUCACCAGGCAGCUUGCAAACUUGGUAUCACUUCUUCUAGAGCAGCCCUAGCUGAAAGAAAGGCUCUCAAGAAGGUGAUAGAAAGAUCCCGUUUAGAGGAGGACCAGAGGAAGGAAUCCAUCGUGGCUUAUCUUUUAUCUCUCAUGAGAAAAUACUCCAAGGUAUUUCGAAGCGAGGUUUCGGAUGAUGCCGACUCGCAGGGUUCGGCACCGUGUUCCCCCACUGUUUUGGGCUCUCUCGAGGAUGGAGGGGCCGGUGACAACUGCCAUGGAUUCGAGCACCAGCUAAAAAAGCUCAGUUCUUUCAAUUUCAAGACAAACAUUAGAUCUGGGCAGUCACGCAUUCCACCCGAAGAAUUACGAUGUCCGAUAUCAUUGCAGCUUAUGUAUGAACCGGUUGUAAUUGCCUCUGGACAGACAUACGAAAGGAUCUGUAUUGAGAAAUGGUUUAGGGAUGGGCAUGACACCUGUCCGAAGACUCAACAGAAGCUCCCGCAUCUCUCUUUGACUCCUAAUUACUGUGUCAAAGGUCUCAUUGCUAGUUGGUGUGAACAGAACGGAGUUCCUAUCCCUGGUGCCCCCCAAGAGUCUCUUGAUCUUAACUACUGGAGACUGGCCCUGUCUGCGUCCGAGGCUGCAAAUUCUAGAUCGACGGAUAGUGUUUGCUCAUGCAACUUGACAGGGGCUAAGGUGGUUCCUUUAGAGGAGAGUGUUACAAGUAAGGAAGUGAGAGGAAAUGAAGCCGAAGAUGAAUCUCAAUCCCUACAGGAAGAAGUUUCCCAGCUCAACGUGUUGGAUAGAUAUCAGGAAGUCCUAUAUGUCCUGAAUGAAGAAGAGAACUUGAUUGAGAGAUGCAAAGUCGUGGAACAAAUAAGGCUUUUGCUGAAAGAUGAUGAAAAGGCCAGGAUUUUUAUGGGGACUAAUGGAUUCGUCGAAGCAUUAUUGCGAUUUCUAGAGUCGGCUGUGCACGAACAGAAUGCAGUGGCUCAAGAAGUUGGGGCACUAGCCCUAUUUAACCUUGCUGUCAACAAUAAAAGGAACAAGGAAUUGAUGUUAGAGUAUGGAUUGAUUCCAUUGCUGGAGCGUAUGAUUUCCAUCGCCAAUUCCGAUGAAUCGGCAACUGCCCUCUAUCUUAAUCUCUCUUGCCUUGAGGAAGCCAAAUCUAUCAUAGGCUCAAGUAAGGCUGUCCCAUUUUUAGUCCGGAUACUAGAAGCUGAAACUGAUACACAAUGCAAGCUUGAUGCCCUUCACACUCUUUUUAAUCUUUCAACCGACCACUCCAUUAUUCCGAACCUUCUUUCUGCCGGCAUAAUCAAUCAACUCCAGUCGCUUGUGGUCUCGGGUGACCAUACCUGGACAGAGAAAUCCAUUGCAGUUCUUCUAAAUUUAGCUUUAAACGAAGCAGCAAAACAAGAGAUGGUAUCAGCCUCCGGUCUCAUAACCGGCCUCGCAUCGGUUUUAGAUGACGGGGAACCCAUUGCGCAAGAGCAAGCUGUUUCAUGCCUUUUACUCCUGUGCAACGGAAGCGAGAAAUGCAGCGAAUUGGUCCUACAAGAAGGCGUGAUUCCCACGUUAGUCUCGAUGUCAGUAAACGGAACAACAAGAGGCAGGGACAAGUCACAGAGGCUUCUGGCGCUCUUCCGGGAGCAGCGUCAACGAGAUCAUCCUCCCGCAAACCUAUGCCGGACAUUAGUAGAAAGCGGUCAAGACACAACGCCUGCUUCGCCGUCGGCUCCGGAAUACAAGCAACUCUCUAAAUCUUCAUUAAGAAGAAAAGUGGGGAAAGGCUUCAGCUUGAACUUUCUAUGGAAGACCAAGAGCUACCCUCACUUCAUUUACCAUUGAAAAGCGUGGCAGGUACUGUAAAUUUCCCUUUGUAUAUUUUUUACACUUCUAUUGUCCUGUUCCAUUGGACCGUCUUUUUAUUUAUUUUUAUCAUCAUAGAGAACCAGAAAUGUACAGCCCCUUUGUAAUCCAUGGGCUAUUUUUCUGGA